ACCCAUUUCUGCAAACCAAUAUUUGUCAGUAAAAUGACUGCUGGGAAAACAUUGGUCUUUAAACCAUGGGCAUGGGCGGUCUUCAUUCUUGCAGUCCUCAUGGUUGGAUUGUGCGCGGGACACGAUAAACAUGUCGAACCAAGAAAGCUCGUUACUACUAUUGGCAGGCCAGGUUCAAUAAGCAUUGAUUGUGGGGUGAAUGAAGGUUACCCAGAUGAGCUAAGUGGAAUAUAUUACAGUUCCGAUUCGGAUUUCGUUACAGCUGGAGAGAAUAAACCGGUGACCUCAGAUAAAGACAUAGCCACACAUCCUCAACUUGGGAAGAUGCUCAACACCUUGAGGAGUUUUCCAGAGGGAAAGAAGAACUGUUACACCCUUAAACCUGAACACGGCAAAGGCCACCACUACAUGGUCAGAGUCUUCUUCAAUUAUGCAAAUUAUGAUGGCCUGCGAAAACCCCCUACGUUUGAAGUAUACCUAGGCGUGAAUCAUUGGAUAACUGUGCCAUUAGAGAACGGGCAUUGGUACUGGAACUACGAAAUCAUUCAAUUUUUGUGGACCGAUACAAUAGAUGUCUGCUUGGUCAAUAUUGGCUCCGGUGUUCCAAUCAUUGCUGGGUUGGAACUUCGGCUUUUGAACGACUCCAUUUACCAGAUUGAAUCGAGAGUACUCCAAAAAGUGGACCGCUGGGACAUGAUCUAUCACGAAUUUGAAACAACUAGAUACAAAGAUGAUGUUUACGACCGUGUCUGGUUUCAUCAGACCUUUCCUAAAGCGCGUUUAAUCCAAAAUAUGGAAAACAUCGAUAUCCAAGCCAGUAACAAUAACUAUGGAAUUCCAACAGAGGUUCUGAGAAUGGCUACACAGCCACUGAAUGGCUGGAACUCAUUGAAUUAUUCGUACAUUAUGCUACCAGAAGACUCUUCAAGGGAAUUAUAUGUGUACUUUCACUUUGCUGAGAUUGUAAAUACCACAAAAGGUCAACUGCGAGAAAUCUUCAUUACUUUGAAUGGUGUGAAGUUAGCACCGAUUACUCUUGAAUACUUGAAACCACAAAGCAUAGGACCGCAGAAUUUUUCAAUGAAAGGAUAUGUCAACUUUUCAAUUGAUGCAACGGUAGAGUCUAAUCUUCCACCCCUUCUCAAUGCCUUCGAGAUUUAUAUGGAUGUUAAUUUCUCCGAAUCACCAACGAAUGCUAUGGACGUUGAUGCAAUCAAGGACAUCAAGCAAACGUACAAGAUAAGUAGAGAUGACUGGCAAGGAGACCCGUGUGUCCCAAAAAGAUAUGUGUGGAGUGGUUUGUACUGCAGUUCCGGGAAUUCUCCAAGGAUUAUCUCUCUGAAUUUGAGGUCAAGUAACUUACAAGGGAUUAUUUCUUCUUCUUUCUUCAAUCUCACGGCAUUAGAGACUCUGGACUUAUCAAAUAAUGAACUGAUGGGGCCAGUGCCGGAAUUUUUAGCACAACUACCAAACUUGAAAGUCCUCUAUUUAUCUGGAAACAAGCUCAAAGGACAGAUUCCCCUAGCUUUAAAGGAGAAGUCUAAUAAGGGAACUUUGCAACUAAGCUUGGAUGAAAAUCCUGACCUAUGCCGGACAGAUGCUUGUGAAAAUAACAAUAAGAGGGUGGUUCUUCCCAUUGUUGCUUCUACUGUUUCAAUUGUAGCCCUUCUUAUCUUCUUGAGUGUUCUACUCAUCAUUUGCAAAAUUAAAAAGAGAAGACAAAAAGGGGCCAAAUUAAAGGAGGAGCAGUCAAUGAAAUCAAAGAAUAGGACCUUUACUUACUCCCAGAUUGCUGACAUAACUUCAAAUUUCACAAUGGUUAUUGGGGAAGGCGGAUUUGGAAAAGUUUACCUUGGCACCUUGACUGAUGGCACUCAUGUUGCUGUUAAGGUUCUAUCAUCAUCAUCAAAGCAAGGCUAUAGGGAAUUUCGAGCAGAGGCACAAUUGUUAAUGAUAGUUCAUCAUAAGAACCUGGUUUCUCUGGUGGGAUAUUGUGACGAAGAUGACAACAAAGCUUUGGUCUAUGAAUACAUGGCUAAUGGAAACUUAAGACAGCAUUUGUCAGAUGGAAACAGAAACAUUUUGAGCUGGAUCAAAAGACUUCAAAUUGCUGUAGAUGCUGCACAUGGAUUGGAGUAUCUGCAUAAUGGUUGCAGGCCACCGAUAGUCCAUAGAGAUUUGAAAACCUCCAACAUCUUAUUGACUGAGAACAUACAAGCCAAGUUAGCUGACUUUGGAUUAUCCAGAGCUUUUUCAACAGAAUUUGCUUCCCAUAUAUCAACUUCCCUUGCAGGAACACCAGGAUACCUAGAUCCUGAAUUUCACUCAUUGGGAGUCAUUAACAAGAAAAGUGAUGUCUACAGCUUUGGAAUAGUUCUCUUAGAGCUGGUUUGUGGUCAACCUGUCAUAACAAGAGGUGAAGAGCGCAAUCACAUAAUUGAGUGGAUUAAUCCUUUGAUUGAAAGAGGGGAUAUUCAGAGGAUCAUUGAUCCAAGGUUACAAGGUGAAUUCAACAUGAAUGCAGCCUGGAAAGUAGUGGAGAUAGCAAUGUCAUGUGUGUUGCCAAUUGGAAUCAAGAGGCCAGACAUGAGUCAUGUAGUAUCUGAACUUAAGGAGUGUUUGGAUUUAGAAAUGGGUUCCACAGAAACUCAGAGGAUGGAGAGCCAGAGAUUGAAUAAUUCACUUGAAAUCACUCCUCUUGCUAGGUAAUUUAGUAGACAAUGCUUUGUGGAUUCAUCGAUGUAAAUCCCUCUUGUUGUUUAAGGACAUAAACUUCUAUUACUUUUGAGAUGAAGUCUAUUAAGUUACUUUCUUAGCAGUUAUGUCUUCUAUGUAAUUUUGUAAACGAUGUUAGUGGUGUUGUAGUUUGUAUUGUAGUUUCUUCUUUUUAUUUUAGUGACUGCCUUGUAUAAGAAGAAAAGGUUGUCUGAAAAGAGUGAAACUGAAUGUAAAGGAAGAAAAGGGGUUGUAGUUU